AUGGCUUGCAAAGCACCAGCGUUAGAAGCCAUCGAGCAAGUCCCGUCCGUCUUCAAGCUGGCCUUUCUGGACGACCAAAGCCCCUACCAGGGAUGGCCCGACGAUGACAAGGACCAGUUGUGGCAAGGCAUGUACAACAAAGGAAUGGCUAUUCGAAUCGACGAGGAAGCUGCUGGCAGACUUGUCAACAAGACGGAGAAGAUUCCACUGGUUGGCUGGGAGAAUGACUACAUGGUCGGCCUAGACGUCUUUCACCAGCUGCACUGUUUGAACAUGAUUCGACAGUCCAUGUAUCCCAAGCGCUACAACUCGUCCAUCAUCCGUGACGACGGAACGGUUGACUUUUUGGCCUGGGCGCAUAUCGACCACUGCAUCGAGUCGCUCCGCCAGUCGCUCACCUGCUCCGCCGACGUCAGCGCCAUUCCCUACCGCUGGCACCCGGAGCGCCGGAUCGCCGAGCCCGACGUCCGCGGCGCGCACAUCUGCCGCGACUUCUCCCGCAUCCGCGACUGGGCCUUUGCGCGCUUCGUGCCGCUGCCGGGCAAGCGGCGGCACGUCGAGGACGGCGUCGUCGUGGACUACUCCGGAGCCGGGAGGGAUCCGGAGGAGGUGCUGGCGGAGGCGCUGGCGAGGCCGGACGGCUGGGACAAGACGGUGGAUGAUUUGUAA